CUAUGAAAUUUGGCGGGCUCGAGCGGGUUGUUGCAGUGUGUGCGAGUUUUCGAUGCGUCGUUGGUGUUCAUGAAAUUAUUUUAUUGCGACAUUUCUGAAAUGUUUCAGUUUGUACUUCGACAUAUUUAUCUUACAGCUUAAAUUGCAUGUAUUGCUACUGUCAUUUCAUGAACUAUGCAAGUCGAAGAAUUUGGACAGUAGUGUUAAGUGCCUGUGUUGAUUGAACCAUGGAUCAAAUUAGUAGCCUGUCUCAGGCAGUUUGUCAACUGAAGGACACCAUACACUGCCCCAUAUGCUUUGAUGUAUUGUCGGAUCCCAUUUCCACAAAAUGCAAUCAUCAUUUUUGCUCUGAGUGUUUUAAGAAGUUAUUUAAUAGUCGAGGUUCUCACCGUUGCCCUGUUUGCCACACAUCUCUUACAAGAAGAUCCUGUGUAAAAAAUAAAGGUUCAUUGAAUGAAGUUGUGAAUUCUGUUAAAAGUUUAAUAGAAUGCUUGAGUGCUGAAACAGGAAUUGAUUUUUCAAAAGAAAUCGCAGCACCGCAUUCAAGAGAAGCAACUUGUGAGGAUGAAAUUGUUGAGAAGCCUAUUAACCACGGCAGAGAGAACACAACGUCUGCUAAGCAACAUGGAAAACCUCAUACUGAUUUAUUGUCAAAAAAUAAAAAUGUACGACAGUACCACCGAAAAGAACUGUCGUCAAAUAUUGAAGAUUCAUUUCUAUUUCCUGCAGACUUCAUCCAUCCUUCCAAAGGAAUGGAUUUAAAAAUAAAAUAUCCAACCGAGUUGGUUAAUACUAAAGUGUCUUCAUGGCUAACAGAAAAUGAAAAUGAUUUGAAUAAGUGUGAUGAUAUGUCUAUCUUGAAUGGUAGCCUUCCUAAGAAAGUUCCUGUGGAUUUGAAUAGUUCUAGUGAAGAGGAGCUUUUGUCAGUAUCUCAAGUUACUACUAGUAAUACCCACCUUGCCCCAUUAAAAUAUAAGACUAAUUUUGAAAUUAUCAAUGAGGAACCUGAGGAGGAUACAAAAGUUAAGUCCAAAUCCUCUGAUUUUAAAGAUCCAUAUGAAUUUAUUAGUAGCCAGAAAUCAAACCAAGCACAGACAUUAAAGAAACCUAUGAAGAGACGCAAUACUAAAAGCUAUGGAAGUAAGAAGAAACCUCUUGGUUUGGACAUUUCACGUUUGGUAAAUGAACCCUAUGUUAAAAAGAAGAAGUUAGAAAUGAAUGAUACCAUGUUUGAAGUGCCUGCUCUUCUUAAUGAUACUUUUGACCAGUUGCUUGCUGGUAAGAAAUGCUCUCAAUUUAAACCUAUUGGGAACAAAGAAACCGAACCAAAAUACCCCAGCAAGACUGAACCAGAGAAAGAAGUGAUUUUAGAUAGUAAUCCUGCUGACGAGUCUAUUGUUUUGACAGAUUUCUCAGCAGGAAGUGAUGAUGACUGGGCUCCAAGUAAACAAAAAAGAACACACAAAAUCAAACGGAAUUCCAAUGAGAAAGCUUUUAAACCCAGGUUGUCAAAAGUGAGAACUUCACGUAAAUCGACUAUAACAAAAGACAAAGAAGAUUAUGAGAAAGAAAUGGAAAACUUAAGCAAAACUUUUGAGGAAGUUGAAAACUAUAAGCUUGUGACAUCAUCUCAAGUAAUGAGAGAAGAAAUGGCUAGAAAGCAGGAGAAUUUUGCAGUUGGUGAAGAAUUGAAUGAUGUUUGUGUGGCAACAGAGUUGAAGAAGAGCAGCAUUGAUGAACAUGAAGCAGAAGUGAUACCAUCUCUGGAAGAAAGAGAUUCCAAAGAAGCUGAGCAUUCUCUUUCACCAGGAUGGUCUCGUGUUAGCAAUUUUAAAAAGGAAAUCAAUCAUGAUAAAAAUGCAUCUGGGAAGUCUUGGCAAGCAUCUUCUACGAAGAUGAAGCCCACAGUGCAUAAAAAUGCAAGUAUUUUGUUCAAAAAGCCAAAGAUAAUAUUGGAAAACAUUGAAAAUAUUAUAUCAGACAAAAAUGUGUAUGUGUCAAAUACACAACAAAAAAAACUUGUAGAAACUGGAGAGAAUCAAGUCCACAACAAUACGCAAAAUAAAGAAUGUUUGCAGUCACCUGUCUCUUCUGGAAGGAAGAUAAGUGCGGAGUCACCUGAAACACCUGUUCGAUAUUUUAAUCUUAGUCAGGCUGAAGAAAGAGUCAGAAUCAUGAGUGAUGUUGUAAAAUCUUUAGAGUGUUCAAUUAAAGAUGAAGAAGAAGAAGAGAAAUUCCUGCAAAAUGUUUCAUCUGGGGAAAGUAAGAUUUAUGUAAGUAUGCCUACGUUACCAGAUGAAGAUGAGAAAUUAGUGGAAAAUUGCAUAAAUGAUACCUCAGCCAGUCGCAUGCGAAAUGUCGAGAGCUGGAAACAGUUUAAUGACCUGAAUACUCCUGCAAGUGUUUCAUUGACUUAUAGUACAAAAGUGUCUGAAAAUGCUGUUGAUGAAAGUGGCAAAGAAUCACAAGUUCCUUAUGAAAAGGUUGGAGACUCUUCUGAAGGAAUUAAAACUUCACAAAAGAGGAAAAGUUCAUUACUGUUGAAUCAUACUGUUAGUACUGAAAAUGUUGAAGAACAAACUUGUAAAGAAAAUGUUCUUCCUACAGUUGGAAGCAAUGAUCAAUCAGGCAAAAACAAUACUUCUGGAAACCCCUCUAAGGGAAUUUUGGUUGUAAAAACUAUUGAAGAAAGUAUGAUCCCGAACUCUGCUAAAGCAAAUUUAAUUAACGAACAGAAGAGAAGUUCUGAUUGUGUUGAGCGCAGAGUCCAUUUUGCUGAGGAACCUGUGGAAGCAAAUAAAAAGUCUCUACUAAGUCCUUCUAAUGGACUGAAUGUUGUAUUUUUUAAGGCUGGGAGUUGUUUUUUUUCAUAUUGUAGACCAAGAGUAAGAUUUUUGUUUCUAGGAUCGUGUGUGAGUAAAGCUGAGAGAGGAUGUGAAGUUGAUCAAUGGAUCAUCAAAGUUUCCAAAACUCCUCCUGUUUGUUUCUGUGGAUCGACUUCUGCAAAGUCUCUUUCUGUUGAAUGUUCAAGUGAAAUAUGUGGCCAGCAUGGUUUGUCAUUAAUAAGUGCCAAAAAUGAAGAGAAGAGAAUAAAUUGUCCAACUAGAAUAAAUGAAGAGUCUCCUGAUAGUGUUUGCAAGUUACAGGUAGGAAGUUCAGCUUAUGAAGAUAUACAAAUACAUCCUGAAAGUAAUGUAAAAUCUGCUGCGUGUUCAGUUCAGAAAUUAAAUCCACAACAAGAAAAAGAGGAUGUAUUAGAGAAGAAUACAAAUGAAGUCUCUGCAGAAAGUGUUCGAACAUUUCCUAGCACGAUGGCUCCAGGCACUCAAAUUUCAUCAGAAAAAUCUGAGAGUGAUGUGGAGAAUAUUCAAAAGUUGUCAGUAGUACAAAAUCCCACAUUUUCUGAAAAGCUGGACCUAGAUACUUGUAAACAAAUGUCAGAAGACAAUGUCAAAGCUGAUGACAAUAAUUAUUGUACCCCACCUCAACAGUCCCUCAGGGCAUCUGGAGAAGAUGUAUUCAAAUCUUGUCAGAACAGUUUGCAGGGAUCUCCACCACAAAAGGUAUUAGUAAAAUUUUCUAAUGAUGAAGUAGAGUCUGAAGAACUUAAUGGAAUUAUGCCUUACCAAGAGCCCCAAAAGAAAAUUUGUGAUGACAUUGUAGUGAAUAGUGACAACAAUAAGGAUGAGUUAUCAUCCGAAAAGUGCUCGGAAAAACAACCUGAAGAAGAUAUUUUUAUUACUGCUAAGAGCAAAGUUGAGAUGAACUCGAAAGCUUCAUUUACAAAGAAUGUAAUUAGAAGUGACAAGGCUCAGCAGCCAAGCAAUGGCAUACGCUCUACAGAUGACAUUUUCCAGUCUAAUGAAAUGUAUCUUGAGCCACCUUUCCAAGAAAUUAAUAGUUUGAUCAGAACCAAGGAGUCGAAGCAAGGAAACAAAAUAUCAAAUGCUACUCAAGGUACUUCAAUAGGGUUUACAGCAAAUGAGAAAAAAGCAUCUUCUGAAUCUGAGGAAAGUCAUUUGUCAAAUAAAUUCAAUUCAAAAAUUAUUACUCAUAAUCGGUUAUCACCAAAUUGUGUGAAUAAUUGUAUAAAUAGUGAAGAUGUAUUUAAGACUGAAGGGAAUACUGGUGUAGUUGAAGUUUCUGCAGAAAAAUCAAGUAAAAUCAGUAACAAUUUUAUGUCUGAAAAUUUAAAACCAAUUCAUGUAAAUGAUAUAAUUGAUGAUCCAGAUUUAAAUGCAUCUGCUGAUCAGAGAUCAGCUAUUGAUACAACACCAAAAGGAUCUCGUAAAGAACGAAAACGAACAAGAGCUUUGAUAGAAUCAUCUGAUGACAGUGACAAUGAUGGAAAGGUAGUGAAAAAAGCUAGUGUUGUUUCAGAUUCGGUUAAUCCUGUAAGGAUGAAUUUUGACACUUCUUUAUCACCAAACAAUGGUUUUGAAAAUGCUCAAUCAAAACUGGAUACACAGAGCAUUCAAAACAGUGAUGAAGAUUAUCUUCUUAAUUCUGAAGAAUUAUUUCAGAAGGUAAUUGACAAUAUAAAUGAAGAUUUAGGGAAUAUCAAGAAACCUAAGUUAAGAGGUGCUAAGAAGAGAAUAUUAUCUGACAGUGAAGAUGAUAUGCUGGUUUGUGAUUUGAAGGAUCAGAAACUGAGUAAAUCUCCUGAAUAUGAUCAGGAUAUUAUUGAAUUAAACAGUAAUCGUAGCGACGAUGAUGAAGAUGUGUUUAACGAUGAAGGAGGUAAUGAUGCAGAUAUAAUUGAAGGUACUCCCAGAAAGAGCAGAGCAGAAGAAGAAAGUAAAACAAGAGAUUCUUCAGAGAAAUUGAAUUUGGUUAGAUCUACUCCUGAUGAUGUUUUUGAAAAUAUGCCUCAAGAUUCUACACCAAAGAAAUUCGUAUUACCUCACAGUUCAAAUUUAGAUUCAAAAUGUAAUGAGAUUGAACUUGAAAAAGUGUCUCAUAAUGGGUUGAAAAAACCUGAUCAAUUAACUCAUUCAAAAGAAUUAGGAACAAGUGGAAAUAUUUCUUUGUUAAAAGCUAAGGAAUCAACUGAGGAAAUUAAUAUGUGCAACUCGCCCAGAAAACCCCACUUGGAUACUGUUGGUAAAAGCCCACUUAGAAUGCGAUUGGGCAGCUCUCAGAGCAAUCAAAAAAAUAUACAAAGGAACAUUACAGAAAAUACCAGUAAACCAUUAUCAACAGUAUCAAAAGAUCUGAAGAUACAUCCUAGAAUGGUAUUUGUGUGUAGUGGCCUUACAGCUCGUUUGGUUGCAAUAGUAAAAAAGUUCGCAAGUGAAAUUGGAGCUGAUUUUUCAGACAGUUUUACAUUAUCCAUGACUCAUUUAAUUGUUAGUGUUGACGAAAAUCAAGCAACUCCUAAAACUCUUAAGUACCUGCAGGCAGUGGCAGCUAAGAAGUGGGUCGUCUCUUUUAAUUGGAUAACUGCAUGUAUAUCGUCUAAAAAACUUCUUCCUGAGGAAAACUUCGAAGCUAUUGACACUGUGGGGCUGGAUGGCCCUCGCAGAUCUCGACUAAGCUCGGAAAGUCUAUUUAAAAAUGUUCAAGCAUGCUUUAUUGAACCAUUUCAGAACAUUACAGUGGAUAAACUACAGGCAAGUGAAGAAAUCCAAAUACUUGACUUCAGAUUGGACAGAGUUUUUCAGGAAAUCUUUAUGAUGUGUGGUGGAAUGGUCGUUGAUUCUCCUGAAGGAUUCUCCAUUGUAAGCAAAGAUGUGCUCCGAAUCAUAAUUGUGGAUAACGAUGCAGAAGUUAAAGCAGCAUUAUGUCAAAAGUGGAUAACUUUGAACCGUGCUGUUACUCUGAAUUAUGACUGGCUGGUGGACUGUAUUGGGACCCACACUAUUUUACCAUUACCAUCUUCAUUUGCGGUACCAUUUACAAGAGAACAAGUGUUGGCUUGUGGAAUUCCUGAAUAUUUAUUAGAAGAAGAUGAUAUGGAAAUAACAGAAAUGAGUGACAUUAGUGGUUUACCAGAACCAUGAAACAAAACAAAAUAUUGUAUAUACUGUAAUGCAAGUAAAGAUUGUUUAGCUCUCAUGAAUUGAUGCAUUUUCAACUACAAACCCAGUUCUAGUAUUCCAACAUGGAAAUAACAGAAAUGAGAGACAUUAGUUCUUUGCCAAGAACCAUGAGACAAACAAAAAAAGUAUUGUAAAUAUUAUAAAGAUAUUUUGAUGUGUUUGAUGUGAUAAUUUUGAUGUGGUUAUCACAGAAGUUGGUGAUGUUGACGACUAGUAGUUUAUGGUUAUUUUGAAUCAUUGGUGUCUGAAUGAUUUCAUUUUUGCAUAGAAUGAAUGAUAGUACAUUGAAAAGAAAAUUAAUUAUCUGUAAGAUUGGUUAACAUUUUGAAAGUUCUUAAAAAAGUAUUUAUUUUUUAUAUUUUUGUUUUCAAAAAUAAUUUGUAGCUUCUUUGUAUACACAUAUUGAAGUCUUUGUUAAUUUAUAUACUAAGUGCUAAUUAUUUUUAUGUUGUUUGGAGAAGUUCAUUUUCUUAAAAAUAUAGAAUAUUCUAAAGGAAAAGUUAUUUGAAUUCCUGAGAAUUUAUAUUUUAAAUAUAUGUAUUACUGUACUUAUUUAUAUAUACAAAAG